CUUUCGCCCGGCUCGGCAGAAGCGCGGGCGGCUCGGCAGGCUGGUGGUGCCCUUUGGCGGGCCCGGAAGGUCCUCGGAGGAAGGGGGAAGAAGGGGCCGGGCUGCUCCGCCCAAAGCCGCCGCUGGAGCAGGGAGGAACGGCGGCGGCCGCUGCAGCACCUGGGCGCGAGGCGCAGGAGGCGCGGGCAGGUGUGUCUCUCUCCCAAAAGCCCACCUGGCUGAUGAGGUGGAUGGGAGCAUGAAGUUAAUCCAAUGAACCAUCGGAGCAUGAAGGGAAACUCACCCGCCACAUCCAUGUGAUGCAAAAGACCCGGGAAUGUGGCAUCUUCUCAAGAAACUCUUGGCUAGAGAAGGGCACUACCUCCUUGUUAAAGAAAGAAAACAACUGAAUUCAGGGACUUCUUAACCAAGUCUUUACCUGGCGCACUGCAGUGGUGCUUAGAACUGUGUUCACAUCUGGAAGACGUGGAAGAGUCCUUUCCGUUUUAGUAACAGGCCAGCGAGAUGAUUGACCUGAGUUUUCUCACGGACGAGGAGCAAGAGGCCAUCUUGAAAGUGCUCCAGCGGGAUGCGGAUUUGAAGAGAGCGGAAGAGGCGAGAAUCAGGCAUUUACCUGAAAAAGUCAAAGAUGACAACCAGGUCAAGAACAUGAGUGGGCAAUGGUUUUAUGAAGCCAAGUCCAAGAGGCACAGAGAUAAAAUCCAUGGUGCGGACCUCAUUCGUGCAUCUAUGAGAAGGAAGCCCUUGACAGUAGCGGAGCUGAAUCAGAAUAAGUCUGGGAGAAAAAAAAACAGUUGGGUGAACAAUGUCGAUAAAGAAGUCUUCACGCCUCCAGAGCCGUUUGGCGCUUUAGAAGAGACAGAAGGGGAAUCGAAAUCUAGUCUGAGCCCUACAGUGUUCAGCAGAGAUACGCCCCAGGAAGACACAAAGAAGGCAGCUGUGUCACCAUCAAAGGAAAGGAAGAAUCCCUUUAACAACUCAAAUCUGUCAGAAGACGAUGCAAAAAGUCAGCACUCUGAACGUGGAAUUUCUGGUUCAUCAGAGGCAUCAAAGAAGGAUUCCCUUUUGCCUUCAGUAGAAAACCAACCCGGGGUAAACAUAAGAAACAAAGAGCGUGCUUUCGUAGAGCUGAACGAACCACAGAGACAGGCAGGGAAACCUCCCAUACCCAGAGCUAGGAAAAACGUCCACAAGACGUCCGAUGCCAGCGUGAAGAGCGACGAUUCUUUCCCUAAAGUGCCUCAAAGAAUCAAGUCAAGUAAUGGCCAAGGAACCCUGCCCAGGGGCAUCUUGAAGCGCAACUCGAGUUCGAGUUCCACCGAUUCCGAAGUGCUUCGUCUUAGCCAAACAGUGGACCCCCCUUAUAAGAACGGGAUACCGACCUCCACGAUCCUCGAAGGGGUGGCAGAUAAGAACAGCCCUCCCAGAAGGGAUCUGGAAGGGUUUUCUCAAAACUCUUUGGAAAGAGCAAAGCAAGUUAGGUUUUCUUCCAGCGUAAGUCGGAAAGAACGUCCGCCCAGCCUUGAGUUACGCGAGGGGAAGGAAUCAGGGGAGUUCGGCUUGUUAGACUCAGAUGACAGGAAGACCAGCAAUAACCAAGUGUCCGGGUUAAACGCACAUCAGAAUGAGCAGACUUCUCCGACAAACCCAUUGGUCGUCUGUUCUACAGAUCUAAAUGGCCAUGUUGAACAUCGGGCUGUGCCAAAAGAAGGAACAGUAGAUCCAAAUCCUUACAACACGAAUGGGACCGGUCGGCCAUCGGACACCUUGCAGUCCCAGAAAAGCCCCCCUGCAGAAUCUAGUGACUCUUCCAGCAAAAUCUUCCCAAAGGUUGUGAAAGAGCCAAGUAUUGCCGAAGCAAAGCCUGAAAUCAAAGCUGGACAGCGGAGCCUUGUGCCAGACAUCACAGCAAGCUCCGCUGGUCAGCAGUUGCCUUUGGCUAAUACGGAAGACCCUCAGGCCGCAAGCGCCGUCUCCAAAGACCUUGAACAAGGUAAGCCUGUUCCUGUUGAUGGUCCGAAUGCUAAAACUCCUUCCAGAUCUGACAGACACGCUGCCGAAGCCUCAAAGGCAGCCGAUGAGUCCAUAUCAAAAGUACUAGACUGGUUUAAAAGGAGUUCCAGUACCGACAGCGAAGGAACUGUGUCGUUGUCAGCCUCUCAAGGGAGGGAACCCUUGGAGGAGACGAGUGUGCCCAAGACGAGAGAGCUGGCCAUCACGAGGGAAGAGAACGGUCCAAGUAGGGUUGUAUUAAAUGAAGAUACGACUUUACAUGAAAGAAAAGAGCUGACCAAAGAGGACCCUCGAUUCCACGAUGGAGGCAAUCAGCCAGAGUUGCAUUCCCUUGCUCAGAUGGGAUAUCCAAGCGGCCUGCUGCUCGAAGAACAAAGACUCGGCAAUCAAGGCAAAGAAAGAGAGGUCGCAGAUCUGAGUGACCAGGGGAACGUGCAUUUUCUGAUCGCCAGCCAGGGAACUGACAAUGCAAAUAAAAGGCACUUUUGGGAAGAAGCUGUUGGAGAAAGCAAAAUGGGAGGUGAAAAUGUUGUGUCCAGAGAACCCAAGGUGACCGAAGGCGUAAAGCUGGGUUUGAAUCUUGAUUCUUCUGCAAAAGAAAGGGAAACAGGGAAUAAUACCCAGCCUGAUGGGGAGAGAAGUGUUAAAUCUUAUGUGCAAAAGGGGAACUUUGAACAUCCAUCUGGAGUGCUUCUUAAAGGACCCGAAGGACGAGAGUCCAGCUUUCUGGAAAAGGGAACUGCGCAACAAGAUGCAGACUCUAACAGAGGAGAUCCGUUUUAUACACAACCGCAAGAAAUCAAAGAAGCUUCUCCACCAGAGGAUCGAAAAAAGGUGAAGGACAUCAGGGCUUUCUGGGAAAGAGAGCAGACAAGCCCAAGGGUUGGAAAUAAGGAAGAUCUAUUAAGUGCAAGUGCAAACGUUAAUAAAGCGACACACAGCUAUAACAGGGGAAGCAGCAGAGCACAGCCAGCUCGUGAGUCUUCAGGGUACGUUACGAGUGAAUCUGACAGUGAGCAAGGAAAAUAUAAUUUGGUUACCUUCAGAAGAGUUGAACUGAGUGAUGAUUCUGAAUCUCAAGAUAAUGACCUUGACUUGUCUUCGGAAAGCAUUAGGCCAGAGCCGCUUGAUAAAUCCAAAAGAGGACAUGUUGUUAUCAGAUCAAGCGAAACACUUCCAAGUGACUGGAAAAGUACUGGAUUUACGGAAUCCCUGGAUGCAGAUAACUUGCGACCAAGACAUGCGACAUUCUCUUCUAAAAAGGAAGGUUUACAGACGAGUGCCAAAGACAAGACUUCCUCUGCUCUGCCGCAGAAGCCGAACUUUGUGAUUCAUUCCUUAAAGGAGAAAGUAAAUGAAGAAUCCAAGUCUGAAAUGCUCAACCCUUCCCAAUUCCGAAGCUUGAGAAGUUUUUGGGAUGCUGGAGUGAAGCCCCAGGAUAGGACUGACAAAGCCAAAGAAACGAGAAUCCCCAUUAGCCAUUCUUUGGAAACUUCUCAGCCAAAGUCAAAGGAAAUAAAAGGGGGCAGAGUAGGAACUGGCCAGGCCUUUUUGGAAGAAGAACAGAAAAGUCAGGUCACGCAAGGUUUUUUAAAGGCAACUCCCAGCCAACCCUUCUUAGCAAACGUCGUGCCAAAGAGAAAUUUACAAUUUGUCCCCAAAGAGGAUGGCUACUUGCUAGAGCUGGCUGAUUCAAAACCCAUGGAAAUGAGGAUACAACCAGGGAAAGAAGUGGAGGAAUAUAUAGAGAAAACGGCUGCCCUGUCAAAAAUGCAACCUAUCUUGUUUAACAGUGGCUUGCAGAAAUUACUGACGCAAACAUCUCAGGAUUCUUUGCCUGUUGACCUGCUGUCUGAUGAAAGAGGAGCUCCCAAAGAAACAGAGGGGCAAACCCAUGACAUUGACCACAUUGUCCAACACGGGGGUGUUCCUGCAGACAUGGAUAGCAAUGUUGGCCCUUCAGUGAGUGAGAUUGCAGAAACCGUACACAGAACUCAGGUCCCACCAAAAGUUGGUGCUGAUUCUUUUAACGUUGGCAUAGAAAGGCUGCUCAAGGAAACUCUGGAUGGAACACCUGCUUCAGAUGGUAGUGGAGCAGUGAGCACUUCCAAGCAACCUCCUCCUGUGUUGGAGAAGAGAGGUUUUUAUAAUAAGGUGAUGCAACUCAGCCAUGAUGCUUAUCCCACCGAUCAGACCAAGAGGGAUGUGGUCCCUCAAAGUUUAGGAAAACGGGUCUCCACCUCAGAUCAAAAUGUCAAAUUUGAAACAACCCAGGGGAAUGUGCUUAAAGAAACCGAAGAUUUAAAUCCAGGGCCUUGGAGAGCUCUUCACCGAGAGGAGAAUCCAAAGCAUCUAGAUAUUUCUUCUCAGAAAGAAGUCCUCCAGAUUCCAUCACCAGCAGAGAUACCGCUUGAUCCUCAUCUUGCAGUCCUGAACAGCCCAAAAUCUCCUGGGGAAGAAGUUUCAGAGACUGUCUCAGAAUCCAGGGUCCCGUUGAAAAGGGAAAGCCAUGAUUUGAAGUCCAGGCUACUGGUUCUUCUGAAAGAGUUUUCAGAACUGCCUUCCGUUUCACGCAGCACAGAGAGCAUUUUAAAAAAUGCAUUUGGUAGUACUCUUAGAGAAGAUCAGCAGACAUCUUAUAAGCAAGUGAUGGAAACAUCAACUCUUCCUUCCUCUGAAGUGACCCAUCUUUCAAGGCAGGCCAGCAGAGAAACAACAGAGAAAAGUAAUGACAUAUUCAAUAGGAUUCAAGGGGAGCCAGAUGGAGAGACAGCCAUGAAAAGCAACAGAGUUCAGCCAGAUGAUCCGGGUAAUGGAGAUGUGACUUCUGUUGGUGAGCUUGUGGAGCCACAAGCCAAGAAAGUGUCCGAGACAGUCGUGAAAACAGUUAAAGCAAAUUCAUUAGAACCGACCAGAUUCAAGGACAGUUUACUGAAAUUGCUCAAGGAGGACUCUCAGGUUCUUUUCAAAGACAUUGAGUUUCCUAAGCCAGUUCAUCCAUCAUUAUACUCCAGCCAAAGUGUCAGUUCAGUUUAUGAUAAAGGUACACCACCUUCUCAAGAAAUACAUGAAUUUGUAGAAAAAGCAACUGCUCCUUCUAAUUCCAUAUAUGAUAAAUUCAAAAUUAACUUCCAGAAACUGCUCAUCAAAGACACAGAAUUCCAACCCGCCAGGGAGGAAAGCACAAAUGACAACAAGGUGAAAAAGGCAACCAAUGAUGAGAGUGAGCCAAAUCAGGACGUAGAUUCAGUUGGCCAGCAAGACAUGGAUCUGCAGGAAAUUGAGGAAAGCGUAAACAAGACUGUCGUCCCAUCCAAACUGCAGCAAAGUGAACUUAAUUCUGGCUUACAGAGGUUGCUUGCAGAAGUUUCACCCACGUCUCCUGUUGAAAUACAAGAGUUAGGCGGAAAACUGGAGGGGAAAAUGCAGGCUAGCCAGGGUGUGGAGGAAACAGUGGGCCUGUCACAAGACAGUGUACUGAAGUCUGCUGCCCCAGCAGAUGAUACUGUAUUUGAUUCAGAAACAUUAAAGAAGGAAAACCCUGAUGCUUCUUCACAACUGUCCAAAGAGAGAAACCAGGAAGUACCUGAUGACUCAUCAUCUCUAUCAAAAAAUGGAAGUUUAUCAGUAACUAUGCCAGGAUCACUUUGGAGGGCAUCGGAUGCCUAUCGUACUGAGGUGAAAAUACCACUGAAAGGAAAGAAUUCCAAGCAAGAUGGCCAAGGUCUAGCAGAUGCAACAAUCAUUGUUGUGCCUGGGAAAAAAACGUUUUUCCAGAAAACGGUACAGGCUAACCUUCUGUCGACUGAAACCCCGCUUCCAGGAAAAGAGGCGGUUUCUCCAACACAUGCCGAGGCAGAGGAGAGAGAGGCUGGCUUUGGCAGAGACAGAGAUUCAGGAGAAGUUUCCAGAACAAGUCUUACCUUCAGUAGUGGAAGUGGAGAAAUGGAUGUACCGCUCAGAUCCCAACGAGCAAGCACCCCCCUUACAGAGCAGGAAACCCCUCCUCGAGUAAGCCAGUUCGAGCUGAUACUCGCCGCUCGUUAUGGCGGGGAUCAUGAAGACGAAGAUUCCAGAAGCUUUGGAUCAGAUUUUUCCGAUGAGAGCAUCAAUUCCCUGGCAGAAAUCAAAAGGAGUUCAACAUCUGCUAGAACUGCAAGGGGCUGUGUUCACGUAUUUUGUCUUAAAACAGGUUCAGCAGAAGACCCUGUUCUGGAGGCUUUGAAAAGGAGUUCAAAUAGGCAAAUCCCUUCCAAAAGUCUAGAGGACAUACCAUCGGCCACAUCAAAUGAAGGAAAAGUAAACACUCGAAAGGAAGACUUAAUGCUUAGUGCCGAAGAUGUCUCCACAGCACCUUCUUUCCCUGUUAACCAGUUCUCCAAUCCGGAGAAAAUCAAACGGAUGAGCAAAUCGGUCCCCACCUUUCUACAGGAAGAGAGCGAUGAGAGAGAGACAGACACAGCGUCAGACAGCAGUCACUCGCUUGGCAGGAUCAAGAAGAGCCCCAGUUCCCUAACCAAUCUUAGCGGCUCUUCUGGCUUGGCGUCCUUGUCUUCUGUAAGCACUAGCGUGAUGAGUGUCUACAGCGGGGACUUCGGCAAUGUGGAUGUGAAAGGGAAUAUCCAGUUUGCCAUUGAUUAUGUGGAGCAGCUGAAAGAGCUCCACGUUUUUAUUGCCCAGUGCAAGGACUUGGCAGUGGCCGAUAUUAAGAAGAACCGUUCAGAUCCGUAUGUGAAGAUUUACCUGCUGCCAGAGAAAUACAAACUGGGCAAAAGAAAGACCUCAGUGAAGAAGAAAACGCUGAAUCCAGCCUAUAAUGAAAUACUACGGUACAAAGUCGACAAGGCUCUCUUGGCAUCCCAGAGGCUGAAUAUUUCAGUGUGGCACAAUGACAUUUUUGGACGCAACAGUUUCUUGGGGGAAGUGGACCUUGACUUGAACAUGUGGGACUGGAACGACAAGCACAACAAGCAGAUGAUCUGGUACCCACUGAAGCCUAGAGCUCCGCUGGCUGCUCUGGAGCUGGAGAGCAGAGGAGAGAUGAAGCUAGCUCUCCAGUAUAUCCCACACCCUGUUGGAGGUAAAAAGCCUCCGGCCACUGGAGAAGUUCACAUUUGGGUGAAGGAAUGCAGUAACCUCCCAAUACUCCGGGGCAAUAAGCUCAACUCCUUCGUUAAAUGUACCAUCCUCCCGGACACGAGUAGGAAAAGCCGCCAGAAAACGAGAGCUAUGGCCAAGACAACCAAUCCGGUGUUCAACCACACAAUGGUCUACGACGGCUUUAAGCCCGAAGACUUGAAAGAAGCUUGUGCAGAACUUACAGUCUGGGACCACAACAAGCUAGUGAAUCACUUUGUGGGAGGCCUUCGGAUAGGACUCGGAACAGGUAAAAGCUAUGGCACUACCGUAGACUGGAUGGACUCUACAUUAGAUGAAACCAGCUUGUGGGAGAGGAUGAUCAGUUCCCCGGAUCAGUGGAUCGAAGACACUCUGCCGCUCAGGAUGCUAACGAUAGCAAAAAUUGCAAAAUAGUGCCACGCUCUGAUUAUUCGCAUCCAGUUUGCGUGGCUUGCUGGGGCUGAAGUGGACAGAAGAGCCAGGCCAAGAUAUAGGCGUGAACUUUGGAGCAAAUUUCUUCCUGCCCUAUAUCGAAUAGAGGGCAUCUGCGUUUGCAGUCUUUUUUUUUUUUUUUUAAACUGCUGUAGGCUUUCAAAAACGCAUGUUAACCUCCGCCUACUUGCAGGUCCUUUUUAAAAUGGCAAACUCCUUAAUCUUUAAUAAAGAUUAAUUAAAGAAUAAAAUAUAAAAUGUAUUUAAAAUAUUAUGUACAGUUUUCUUGUGUGGCCAGAUUGGGUAAGGAGAGG